UUAUGGGGUGUGACAGGUUAAUCUCACAGUAAGCAGCGCCCACCUGCACCCCUCAUCUCCAAUCUCCAGCCCUGCACUUCUCAAUCUCCCUCGGCUGAGCCACUGGAGGAUCUCAGCAUCAUGGCUGCUACCGGAACAUUUCGUAUGGUGUCCGAGGAGGAGCAGGCGUUACGUGCUAAACUCGAACAUUUGAGCGUUAACGACCACGGGCCGGUGUACGGACCCUGUAAGAAACUGCCUGAUCACACAAAACAAAAGGCAAAAGAUGAACUGAAUGAAACGGAGGACAAAAAAGUAUCCUCUAUAAAGGAAUUAAGGGCCACGAUAAAAGAAAAGGCAAGCGAAGGGGACGAUCUGGCCAAAGCUGUGCAAGAAAAAUUCGAGAACAAACCAGAUUCCCUUCUUCUAAGAUUUAUACGUGCCCGAAAGUUUGACGUGACAAGAGCACAUGAGCUUAUGAAAGGUUAUGUACGUUUUAGACGAGACUAUCCAGAGCUGUUUGAGAAUUUAACCCCAGAGGCUGUGCGCAGUACCAUUGAAGCCGGUUACCCACGAAUCCUCUCCACCAGAGACAAGUACGGCCGAGUGGUGCUGCUCUUCAACAUCGACAACUGGGAUCUGGAGGAGGUCACUUUUGAUGAAACACUGCGUGCCUACUGCGUAAUCCUUGAGAAACUUCUAGAAAACGAAGAGACCCAAAUCAACGGUUUUGUCCUCAUUGAGAACUUCAAGGGCUUCACAAUGCAGCAUGCAUCUGGCAUCAAACACACCGAACUGAAGAAGAUGGUGGACAUGCUACAGGACUCUUUCCCAGCCCGAUUCAAGGCGGUGCAUGUGAUCCACCAGCCCUGGUACUUCACAACCACCUAUAAUGUGGUGAAGCCCUUCAUGAAGAGCAAACUGCUGGAGAGGGUUUUUGUUCAUGGUGAUGAGCUGGAUGGCUACUUCAGGGACUUUGGUGCUGAAAUCCUUCCUCCGGAUUUCAAUGGGACAGGUCCCAACUGUGACGGCAAAGAGACGGCGAUCAAGCUGUUUGGAUCUGAAGAUACAGCCCUUUAA